UAGCUUGUUAUCUUCUAUAAUUAAACAAUGAAUUUUACUGUAGUAAAUUAAAUGGAAUAAUUUCAUGUUCAUUUCAUUCACCUAUUAUAGCUGUUGCUUUGUAUAAGAACUUUGCAGUUUUCAAUUGAUUUAUUUUGAUGAUUUUUUUAAUUUAAUUUCAAGGUCUCAGGUGAACUAAAAAGCCUUCUUAUAGUUGAUCUUUUUUUUUAAGUUUUAUCUGCGUUCAAGUUAGCUCAAUUUUUAAAUAUCUGUAAAUAAGUAUCUUUUUAAAAACAUCUCAAAAUUUAAACAGAUUUUAUAAGAUGUAGAAUGAUUUGUUUACGUUUUUUCAGGCACAAUGGGCAAGGGUUUCCAAUUCGCGAUCGACCGUGGAGGCACCUUCACAGAUGUGUUCGCUCGCUGCCCCAACGGCAAAGUCAGGGUCAUGAAGCUGUUGUCUGUGGACCCACAGAACUAUGAUGAUGCUCCACGAGAGGCGAUUAGGAGGAUAUUGCAAGAAGAAACAGGAAAUGCCCUAGACAAAGAUGGUAAAGUGAACUCAUCGCUCAUAGAAUCAAUAAGAAUGGGCACCACAGUAGCGACCAAUGCAUUACUUGAACGGAAGGGAGCAAACAUGGCGCUGGUUAUCAAUAAGGGAUUUAAAGAUUUGCUGUUAAUUGGAAACCAGGCGAGGCCGGAUAUAUUCCAGUUGAAUAUAAAUCGUCCAGAAGUCCUUUACAAAGAAGUAGUCGAAGUUGAUUGUAGAGUGAUACCAGCAUUAGAAGACCGUUGCCAAAUCGAAAAGACCAAUUUAAAUUGGAAAGAAGUUUAUGGUACGACUGGUCAGAAAAUGCUGGUCAUUAAAGAUAUUGAUGAAGAAGCUGUUAGGAGAGAUCUAAGUGCGCUGAGAGAGAAAGGGAUAGAAAGUAUUGCUGUUAUACUUGCACAUAGCUAUAAUUAUCAUGAACAUGAGUUGCGGAUUGGCAAAAUUGCUAAAGAAAUAGGAUUUCCCCAAAUAUCUCUAUCUCACUUGGUAACCUCCAUGGCCCGGUUGGUCCCGCGUGGUUACACGAGUUGCGCAGACGCAUAUCUGACCCCCCACAUUAGAGGCUAUGUGAAGGGGUUCGCGGAUGGGUUUUCGGGAGGGUUGGAGGGGAAAGUGUUGUUUAUGCAGUCCGAUGGGGGGUUGACGCCUAUGGAUAUGUUUAAUGGUUCCCGCGCUAUUUUAUCAGGCCCCGCUGGCGGCGUGGUUGGAUACGCGCUCACUUCCUAUCAGAGGGAAACUAACUUACCUGUUAUAGGUUUCGACAUGGGCGGUACGUCCACAGACGUGUCAAGAUACGCGGGAACGUUGGAACAUGUGCACGAAGCAACUACCGCUGGUGUUACCAUACAAGCACCGCAACUUGAUAUAAACACGGUAGCGGCGGGGGGAGGGUCAGCGCUACAGUUCCGCAGCGGGCUGCUAGCUGCCGGCCCGCAGUCAGCCGGCGCUCAGCCCGGACCCGCUUGCUACAGAAAGGGGGGACCACUUACUGUCACUGAUGCUAACUUGCUGUUGGGACGUCUUUUACCAGAAUAUUUCCCAAAAAUAUUCGGUCCAAAUGAAAACGAAGCACUGGACAAAGAAGCUACUGUUACUGCAUUUAAAAAGAUGGCGGAAGAAAUAAACAGCUUUUUAAUGAAAGACGGUGCCAAGGAGAUGAGUUUAGAGGAAGUGGCGAUGGGCUUCAUAAAAGUUGCCAAUGAAGCUAUGUGCCGGCCGAUAAGGGCAUUAACAACAGCACGCGGUUACGAUGCUCGCGCGCAUGCUCUGGCGUGUUUUGGGGGGGCGGGGGGGCAACAUGCGUGCUCUGUGGCUAAACAACUGGGGAUAUCCACUGUGCUGAUACAUAAAUAUGCGGGCAUCCUAUCAGCAUACGGCAUGGCUCUAGCGGAUGUAGUAGAAGAAACGCAACAGCCGUGUGCACUGGUGUACGCGCCUAAUAACUUCGCGGAGUUGGAUAGAUUGCUGGAUGUAUUAGCUGCCACUUGUAGGGACAAGUUGAGGGCUCAGGGUUUCAAAGACUCCCAAAUAGUGUUGGAGCCCUAUCUCCACCUGCGCUACUCAGGCACGGACUGCGCCCUCAUGGUGCCGCCAAGCCCUGAGGACUCCGCCCAACACACUAAACAUGGGGAUUUUUAUGCUUCUUUUAUUAACAGAUACAAAAAAGAGUUCGGUUUCACACUAUCUAAACGAGACGUGUUAGUUGAUGACGUUCGCGUCCGCGGUAUCGGCACUAGUGAGGUCGCUGAGGAAGUGGCGCCGCCUAGCGGGAAGGGGGUCAUACCGCCUGUUGAUAAGACAGUAAAAGUGUACUUCGAAGGUGGAUACCAAAACACAAAUGUGUAUUUAUUAGAAAAUCUCAAACCGGAGCAAGAAAUAGCUGGACCAGCCAUCAUAAUGGACAGUCUUUCUACUAUACUUGUGGAACCAGAUUGUCGCGCAGUUAUAACUAAAUUUGGAGAUAUCCGUAUAACAAUAGGAGAAGGAAAACACAAGAAAGUGUCAACUGCGUGCGAAUCAGUGCAAUUGAGUAUUUUCUCACAUAGAUUCAUGUCUAUUGCUGAACAAAUGGGAAGGGUGCUCCAACGUACCUCAAUAUCUGUGAACAUAAAGGAGCGGCUCGAUUUCUCUUGUGCGGUGUUUGGUGCAGAUGGCGGGCUUGUUUCUAACGCCCCACACAUACCUGUGCACUUGGGUGCUAUGCAGGCCUGCGUGCAAUACCAGAUGCAAGUCCGAGGGGAUUCGCUAAAACCAGGGGAUGUUCUUCUCUCCAACCAUCCGAAAGCUGGCGGGUCACAUCUACCAGACUUGACUGUUAUUACUCCUGUGUUUCAUAAUUCCCCCAAGCCGAUAUUCUUCGUAGCGUCCCGGGGCCAUCACGCAGAUAUCGGCGGUCUGACCCCGGGCUCUAUGCCCCCGCACUCCACGAGCUUGUCCCACGAGGGGGCCGCUUUUAAGUCCAUGUUAUUGGUCGAUGGGGGACAUUUUAAUGAGGAGGAAUUGGUUAGAGAACUACAAAAGCCUGGAGAAGUACCAGGUUGUUCUGGCACUAGGAACUUGGCGGAUAAUCUGUCGGAUUUGAAGGCACAAGUUGCUGCUAACCAGAGGGGUAUCCAACUAGUGGGUGAACUAAUCGACGAGUACGGUUUGGACGUAGUUCAGGCGUACAUGGGACAUAUACAGAAGAAUGCAGAAUUGGCUGUUAAGGAUAUGUUAAAGGAAAUAGCUCGAAGGACGCUAAAAGCCACGGGCUCCACAUUACUAAAGGCCACCGAGUACAUGGACAACGGUACACCAAUAGUACUAAAUAUCACACUCGAUGAGAAGGAAGGCACUGCGCUGUGUGACUUCACGGGCACGGGUGUAGAAGUAUGGGGCAAUCUAAAUGCCCCUCGAGCGAUAACACUGUCGGCACUUAUCUACUGCUUGCGUUGUAUGGUGGGGCAUGAUGUGCCCUUGAACCAGGGCUGUCUAACCCCAGUGACGGUGGUAGUGCCCCAGGACUCGAUCCUGGACCCGUCUGAAGAUGCAGCGGUAGUCGGGGGCAAUGUACUAACUUCGCAACGCGUUGUAGAUGUCGUUUUGAAGGCUUUCCAGGUGUGCGCAGCGUCCCAAGGCUGUAUGAACAACUUGACGCUCGGUGAGAGCAGUUGGGGGUACUACGAGACGGUCGCUGGGGGCAGUGGGGCUGGUCCAGGCUGGCGAGGUACAGGUGGAGUCCACACUCACAUGACAAAUACAAGGAUUACUGACGUGGAAAUCAUAGAAACUAGAUACCCACUGCUUGUGCCCACGUUUUCUUUGAGAUCCGGAUCUGGUGGAAUUGGUAAAUGGUCAGGCGGUGACGGUGUGAUUCGCGAACUGAUAUUCAGAAGAACUGUGCAACUAUCCGUACUUACUGAGAGAAGAGUUUUCCAACCUUAUGGGAUGAAUGGAGGUGAACCCGGUAAAAGAGGUUUGAAUUUACUCCAACGAACCAAUGGAAGACUUAUCAAUUUGGGCGGAAAAGCGUCUAUCGAAGCUUAUCCUGGGGAUAAAUACAUAAUGAACUCUCCGGGUGGUGGAGGUUACGGCGUGCCCGGGACAGCCGUUCCGGAGGUUCAGAGACACGAACAGUUGAACAAAUUUGUUGAAAGGGGAAGCGUAUAUGAGUAUAGAAGUGCGCAAGAGUCCAUUUAAGAAUUUAAAAACGAUAAAAAAUUAAUAGUUUUUUGUUUCAAUUUUAUUAGAAAUUAUUUCUAUAUAAAAAUACAGAAAAGACAAUAAAUAGAUAGAAAUCAU